AUGGUGACAUACGCCGAUAAUAAAAUUUCACCGGCUUGUUUAUUGGUUUUACUUCUUUUUGUUGUCCCAUCUUAUGCAAUGUUUAGUACGAUGGUUACAGAAGAUGAGAUCCACACCAUAUGCACCAAAGAGGAUAUCAAUUCUUCAUUUUGUUUUGAGGUUCUGAAAGCAAAUCCCAAAAUUGCUAGAUUAGAUUUUUCUGGUCUUGCCAAAUUUUUGCUCAAUUAUCAGGCUCAAAAUAUUUCGGAUACGCUGAAACAAUUUAAAUUAUCAGGAGGCUACACGCCGGAUAUUGAUUCAUAUAUCUUCUGCGAUACUCAAUAUCGCUUAUGCAAAGAAUUAUAUGAAAAUGCUCUUGACAAUCGUGAAUCUGCCCUCAAAUAUUUGGCUGCCAAAGAUUAUGACGGCUUAAACACUAUGGUCAGCGGAACGUUGACAGAUAUGUUUACGUGUACUGAUGAUUUGUCAACAAUGAAGCCAGUACCACAAUUUUUUAUGACGAAAAGUAAUGUUAUUAAAGACUUGUCUAACAUUAUCUUAGUGAUUGUCGAAUGUUUCCUACGAAAAGAAAAAAUAUUAUGUCCUUCUCGAGAUCUAUAAUCAUAAGAAAUAUUUAGUAUGGUUGUUGUCAUUAUCCUUAAAAAGUAAUAAAGACAUUAAAAGUUCUUGACAUUUAAAUUGGCAUGUUCGCUAUUCAUUCAUGUUUGAAUUCAUCCACACCAUGUUAUUUUUUACAAUUUAGUAAAACAACUUGUGUAAAUUAUUGUUUCAGAUCUUUCCAUUUUAAGCGUGUAAGUAGGAUUAUUGUUAUGUGAUAAAGUUUUGAAGGUGUGAAAUUGAAAGUUCGACUAAUUAGUCAACAAAGCAUUUAUGCUUUGUAUAGAGAACUCCCGUCAACAGGAUUUCUUGGUCACCGUGUUUGUUGCUUAUUCAUCUUCGCUUUAAGGGAUUCAGUUUCAUCGUCACAAAAGUGAGACCUCUGCAAUUCGAUCAACAUUCUAUCGCUAAUAUCUCAUAGUUGCAUCAGCCUUCACUAAGCAUUUUUCCAUUGUUUAAAAUGAUGAAAAUUAUAUUUUGAAAGAAAUCACGACAAUCGACGCUCCGAGGCGCAUAAUUUUUGUAUCUUGUGUGAUUGACGUUUUUGAUCAACAAAUGUUUUAAGACGUGAGCUCUCAAAAUUUUCUAGUUUAUCGAUUUCUAUCUAACAUUCUAAUGAUUGAGCACAGAAGUGUCAAGAAUAUUCAUUUGGUCAUAAACGCUCAAACCUGAAUCUUACCUAAUUAAUAAACAUCGUUUUGAGAUUUGAUUAAUUUUUGGCAUGAGAAUUUAGAUGUUAACUAUUUAAUUAAAUGGAAAACAAAUAAAAUGACACCAAAACAUUUCAAAUAUAUAUCAAAUAUUGUAUGUAAUCUUCUCAAGCAAAGUUUUUAUUAAUCCGAUAUUUAGAAAUAAAACUUUAAGAAAAAAAUGAAUAAAACGUGCGGCGUAGCGCGAGUAUUCACGUAGUUAUUCUAAAGGUUUAUGAAAAAGUCUCUGGAAUUA